AUGGGCAUUGACCUGACCGGGGGUAUCCCAAGGCACUCUGUCCCAAGUAUUGACAGCCAGGAAGGACAGUCCCAUCAGAGUCCUCAGCUCCUCAAGGCCAUAAUUCCAGGGGUGGCAAUGGUGGUGGGGCUGUGUGUGUUUCGAAGGACAGGGGGUGCUCCUGUAACAGCGAUGCCCUUCCCAUCACUGCCUCCAGCAAGCCGCUCGCUGCAGCACUCAGCUCACAUCAUCUCCUCCAUCAGAUCUGAGCUGGUGAAGGGAGGGAGCCAGCAGAUGGCAGAAGAGGGCUUAGCUUCUUCAGGCUGCAGCACUUCAACCUCCAAUCAGAGCAGGGGAGUGCUGCUUGGCAGUCUUGGAGGUAGAAAUAUGACUGAAGCCUUAUUCCUCCAUCAAGAAGAACCAGGGUUUUGCCACAAAAUGCCACCUGCAGAGAGGGACUGGAAAGCCUUUGUUAGAGCACCAAACUCAAAGGAGAAGGAAAAUGAUCUAACUUGGCAGCAGUCAUCCUCAAAUGUUGGUGUUGAUAGUGACAGAGAUAGAAAUGCCAUGACUAUUACUCCUGAUGCUACUCUGUCUUCAAUAUGUUUCCCUGGCGGCCACGUGGUCAGGCUGCACCCGGUCAUUUUGGUCUCCAUUGUGGACAGCUACGAGCUACGGAAUGAGGGUGCGGCCCGAGUUAUCGGGACCCUGCUGGGAACUGUCGACAAACACUCGGUAGAAGUCACCAAUUGCUUUUCAGUGCCACACAAUGAGUCUGAAGAUGAGGUGGCUGUUGACAUGGAAUUUGCUAAGAACAUGGAUGAAUUGCACAAGAAAGUCUCUCCAAAUGAGCUCAUCCUGGGCUGGUACGCUACAGGCCAUGACAUCACAGAGCACUCUGUGCUGAUCCACGAAUACUACAGCCGGGAGGCUCCCAAUCCCAUUCACCUCACCGUGGACACAAGCCUCCAGAAUGGCCGCAUGAGCAUCAAGGCCUAUGUCAGCACUUUGAUGGGUGUUCCUGGGAGGACCAUGGGGGUGAUGUUCACACCUCUGACAGUGAAAUAUGCAUAUUAUGACACCGAACGCAUUGGAGUUGACCUGAUCAUGAAGACCUGUUUUAGUCCCAACCGGGUGAUUGGACUCUCGAGUGACCUACAGCAAGUAGGAGGAGCAUCAGCUCGCAUCCAGGACGCCUUAAGCACAGUGUUGCAAUAUGCAGAGGAUGUACUGUCUGGAAAGGUGUCAGCUGACAAUACUGUGGGCCGCUUCUUGAUGAGUCUGGUUAACCAAGUACCCAAAAUAGUUCCUGAUGACUUUGAGACCAUGCUCAACAGCAACAUCAAUGACCUGCUGAUGGUGACCUACCUGGCCAAUCUCACGCAGUCACAGAUUGCUCUCAAUGAGAAACUUGUAAACCUGUGAAUUGGCCCCAAGCAGCAUUCCAGCCACUCUGGACCCCAGCCCUAGGACUCAUAAUGGAGUGAAGGAGAAAUGGUAUCUUUGUGGUCUUGAGGCACACUGAGUCAGUCAACUAAUUGUGACUAAAUAAAUGUAGCCUAUCUUUUGUAAACAAA